UCAUCUUAAUUUUCCCACUUCAUUUUCAUGCUUAAUCCUUCAUUUCUCCACCUACUUCACCACCACAAGUUCCUUAACCAUCACUCUAUUUCCAUCAUAGAAACAAACUUCAUAGAUUCAUUUAACAAAGCUUCUUAGUUUAGAAUGAAUUCAUUCAAUCAGAGUCAUCAAAGUAGCACCUUCAGGUACAAUCCAAACUCAAACAAGAUGAACCAUUUAGAUGAUAAUGAUAAUGAUGAUGAUGUUGAGUUUUCAGGUUUUCUGGAUAUAUAUGUUCAUCAUGCUAAGAAUAUUCAUAACAUAUGCAUAUAUGAUAAUCAAGAUGUGUAUGCAAAAUUCUCUCUUACUUACAACCCUGAUGAAACGCUCUCUACAAGAAUCAUCAAUAAAGGUGGAAAAAAUCCAAUUUUCAAUCAAAAUUUAAGGGUGAAGAUUGUUCAAAUUGAUGCUGUUUUAAAAUGUGAGAUUUGGAUGUUUAGUAGGUCAAGAAAUCACUUAGAAGAUCAACUUUUAGGGUUUGCUUUGGUUCCGAUUUCUGAAGUUUUUGGUAAAGGAAAAGUAACUGAAGAUUAUAGUCUUUCUUCCACUGAUCUUUUUCAUUCUCCAGCUGGAACUGUUCAAUUAACUCUUUCAUUAGAUACAUCUUUUCCAAUCAAUUCGACUUUGAGUUCAAAACCACAAUCGGGUACUAAUUCAUCGAUAUCUUCUGAAGUUGUUUUGCUUGAUCCAAUUGAGUAUUCUAGAAUUGAAUUUCCUGAUAUCAAUGUGGCUAAUGAGAAUCAAAAAAUGGUUUGUGAGUACUUCAAUUUGGAAUCUUAUGGUUCUAUUUCAAGGCCUAAUUCAAUAGGAUCGUUGCCGUUUCUUCAACUUAGUGGUUCUCAUCAAGAUGUUGAUUGUGAAAUGACUAUGAAUUCGUCAGAUACUCCAACUUCCAAGAAAGAAAGCGAAACUAGAGAUGAAAACAAGGAGUUAAAGUUCUCAACCAAGGAAAACGAGACGAAUAUUGAUCGGAAUAUAGAAGCUACAAAAUUCGGUCAAGUUUAUUCUGUUCCGCCACAAAAUAUCGAUAUGGAGGCUGAGCAAUCUUCCAUGCAGAAGCAAAUAGUUGACAUGUAUAUGAGAAGUAUGCAUCAAUUCACGGAGUCCUUGGCGAAAAUGAAGCUACCAAUGGACCUUGAUCACAAACAUGAUAAUCAAAAUCAAGGUGAUGUAAUUCAAAAUCAUAAGGAUAACAAAUUAGAGACCGAUAAGAAGAAAAAUGACGGGUCGCGCGUGUUUUAUGGUAGUCGAGCGUUCUUCUAGUUACCUCAUAUAACUAUUUUUGUUAUAACAAGAUAUGCAAGUUUAGUUUAUUGUGACUUCAGGUAACACAAUUUAUAUUCCUUGGUGAUAUUUAUGACAGGUUUUAGUUAAUCCUAUGUUGUUUAACCUCCUCUUUUGUUAAUGGAAGCAAUCUUCUAUUGUGCUGCAA